AUGUCGUCAGUUGCAGAGCAGGACGGUCCUGCUCAAUGCCCUCCAUCGACUUCUGCUCCGAAAGCCGUCACUGUUACUGCUACUUCAUAUGGAUCUGCAGUAUCGACAAGUGUGGAGGAUUCCGCUAAUCAAGAGCGAGUCGAGGAACAGGAAGAAGAAGCGGAAAUGAAGUAUGGAGCUCGCCACGUAAUCAAUCUAUUCGUUCCUGUUUCGUUAUGUAUGGUCAUGGUGGUAUUCACAAUGAACACGGUUACAUUUUAUUCGCAAAAUGAUGGCCGCCAUCUUCUAUAUACUCCGUUCGUCAAGGAAACUGACAGCGCCAGCGAAAAGGUCCUUAUGUCAUUGGGUAAUGCUUUAGUUAUGUUAUGUGUUGUUGUAGUGAUGACUGUCAUUUUAAUCUUUUUCUACAAGUAUCGAUGCUAUAAGUUGAUUCAUGGUUGGCUCAUGGCUAGCAGUUGUUUGUUGUUGUUCUUAUUUACGACUAUCUAUCUUCAGGAAGUUAUGAAGAGUUUCAACAUAUCAUUAUCCGUAAUUACCGUCACUUUCUUUCUUGGUAAUUUUGGUGUGCUUGGGAUGAUGUGUAUUCAUUGGAAAGGUCCUUUGAGAUUACAACAGUUCUAUUUAAUCACUAUGUCUGCCCUUAUGGCUCUGGUCUUUAUUAAGUAUCUACCGGAAUGGACCGUAUGGUCAGUUCUGGCCGUAAUUUCUAUAUGGGACCUUGUCGCUGUUCUAGCUCCUAAUGGCCCUCUACGUAUUCUCGUCGAAACUGCUCAGGAACGCAACGAACCGAUCUUUCCAGCGUUGAUAUAUUCGUCCGGCAUGAUGUACUCAUUUGUGUUUACCGGUGCAUUGGAUGGUGAAGACAAUCAGAUUCAACCUCAACUUCAGCCAAGUUCAUCGGAUGAGUCUACUCCUUCUGUGAGCGGGCUUCUUGCUUCCAGUAAUGCAACCACUAAAGUAAAACGAUUUGCUCCGCUUCGCCAAUCGGAAAGUGCUGUUGAACACAUCGCUCAGGAGGCAGCUCGUUCGCUCAAUGAAUUAGCUACAGUGGCACAAAAUAUUCGAGUCCAGCCUAAUCUCAUGCGAGGUGAACGAGAAGAGAAGGGCGUAAAACUCGGCCUUGGUGACUUUAUUUUCUACUCAGUCUUGGUGGGAAAAGCAAGCAGUUAUUUCGAUUGGAACACUACCGUUGCUUGCUAUGUGGCAAUCCUGGUCGGUCUAUGUUUUACACUUGUGCUUCUUGCGGUCUUUCGCAGAGCUUUACCAGCUCUACCGAUCUCAGUAUUUGCCGGUUUGCUGUUCUAUUUCUGUACGAGAUGGAUUGUUACUCCCUUUGUAUCGCAGCUCACUCGCCGACAAUGGGUGUAUUAG